CAGCCAUUUUAGUCACCCACAAGGUGUGUGUUCGCGCACACACACGCUCUCACUUGGACACUAGGGAUUCCUAGUUAGGGAUAUUCUUCCUAACAUUAUACAGAUCUGUAUAUAUAUUCGUGUGUGGUUACCACCUAUAUCUUGACCCUGAGAGGCAGUUGUGAUUGUUUUAUCUGAUACAAAAAAUCUUGUGUUUAUGUCCAUCUCACGUGCACACACAAAACAAAUGUUGGCCAGGAUGAUAGUGGCUGUGGUGAUGCUGGUACUGCAGGCUGUGCUUUGUCAGGGCUUUUUCUGGGGCUCCACAGAUGCCCUACAGCUAUGCCCUGACACCUGCACCUGCCCCACACAGCUGGUGCCUGCCAGCAGGAGCGGCAUAGACUGCCAUGAUGCUAAUAUCACCCACUUGCCAGAUGAAUUGGAAAUACCUGCCCAGUACACCAGCGUCGACUUCUCCAGGAACAGCAUCGGGGAGCUGAGCAUGAGUACCUUCAGUGGCUGCUGCAGCGGGUUGCUGAGGCUGGACCUGUCAGACAACGAGGUGCAGCAGCUGCCAGCACUGGUACUACAACACCUCCCCUCACUCUCAACGCUCCUCCUCAAGAACAACAAACUUACCAUUAUCGACUCAGCUGCUUUCGUGGGUCUGCACAACUUGACGAGGCUGGACCUGAGUUACAACAAGCUGGAGGUUCUACCCGAGGACGUGUUAGAACCUCUGGUGUGUCUGCAGGAGCUGCUGCUGGGGUUCAACCCGCUGGUAACCCUCAAUCCAUCUCUGUUUACCCACAACACUGCUCUCACCAAGCUCGACCUGGCUGCCUUGAGACUCAACACUCUUCCCAACAACUUGUUCCUCAAUAUGAUGAACCUGGAGGAGGUGUCGCUGGCACAAAACAACAUGACGGUGGUACCCACCAAAGCUCUCUACCCCGUCAGAUACACACUCACCCGUCUGGACCUCUCAGGCAACCCAUUCCAGUCGCUGGGAGCAUACAGUUUCUACAAGCAACACAACCUAAGGACCAUCAUCCUAGAAAGACUACUCCACCUGGAGACCAUUGAAGCCUACGCCUUUGGAGACCUACACAGCCUGGAGACCGUGGUCUUCCGCUACAUGCCUAGGAUCAAGUACAUCGACCCUAAAGCUUUCCACGAGAUGGCGGUUGACACCGAGACUAAAGGUGGUGUGGACAGGGCGCUCACUGUGGAAGACUUCACCUUCUCAUUCUCCGUCCUGGCGACGCUGCCGGAGGAGCUGCUUCCCUGGCAGCACCUCCGUCAGGCCCGCCUAGAGUACAACCACUGGAACUGUGACUGCCAAAUGAAGUGGGUGAAGACCUCCCCUCUAAUGGACCUUGUGGACAACCGUAUGGUGUGUUCCAAGCCCAAGAGACUGCGAGGCCACCGUCUGAAAUAUAUCAAGGAGGAAGACUUGAACUGCGACCCAGAACCCAUAUCACAGGCCAGGUCCUUCGGCUUCCUGGCUGGGUUGAUGGUUGCUGGGUUAUGCGUGAGUCUGGCUACGGUGGCGCUGUUGGUGUACUGGCGACAGGGCUGGCUGUGUCGCCGCCCCGUGGGCGCCUACAGCAGAAUCGAGCGAGGCCCCACCACCAUCACAAUCGCUGACGAACUAGAAUAUGAGAACACGGACACUCACUCCAGCCAAAGUUAAUACAUACUCUUGGGUACAUUAAACUUCCGUGGACUGACAAAGGUUAAACUGAUAAAUAACAUUUGCAUGAUUUCAUUUCGUAGUUAUUGCUGUUACGCGCCCCUCCUUCACACCCCAUUAUAUACAAAAUAAAAGGCCUGGUCAAAAUAAGUUCUGUAGUAAUAUAUCGCGAACCACUUUAUUACUAGCUAGAUAAAGCAGGUUCGACUAUAUAUUAUUAUCGGGUACGGUAUAAAUCAUCAAAGGUACUCUCAAGCAAGGUUGUAUUCAUUCAAUAAAAUGUUAUUCAUUAGGCAUUAUUAUAUUAUAUUAUAUAGUAUUAUAGUAGGUUGAUUACUGUGUUCUGUUAUGCAAGUGGUAAACCACUACUUUAGAAUCCGGUUGAUGGUUCCGGAAUUGGCGCCUGGCGCUACCUCCUGACCGACCUGACGUCAUACCACUGAGCAUUUGAACAGUCAGAUCAUAGCACUGACUCUGAUCGGGUCUUCAACCCAGAGAUCUUAACUUGGUCAAUAAUUCUAGAUCAUGUCUAUUGCUUUAACUUUGCUGUUAAUUCCAAGAGUCUGAUAAGGAUAACUGACUGACUUCCUUAAAGUUCCCAUAAUAGUUCUUAUUUGGACUCUUCAUUGUAAUUAUUGUAUUAUACUUGAUUCAUGGGUAUUUGAACAUGGAGUAAUUGUUAUAUUAUCCUUCAUUCACGAGGAUUUGAACAUAGAAUUACGUUCCUCAUUGUACAGUCUCAUUUCAUUAAUAGUGAAUUGUCAUUUUAAUUCACUAACUGGAUACCAAUAAAGGUUCAUAAUUGGUAGUAAAUAAAACUAACCAAAAGCAAAA